AUGCAGGUCGGCUACCACAACGAGCACCACGACUUUCCUUCUGUCGCCUGGACUCGUCUUCCCGAGCUUCGCGCCAUCGCUCACGAGUUUUAUGACCCCUUGCCGGCUCACAAGUCGUGGCCUUACGUGACUUGGAAGUUUAUCACUGAUCCCAGUGUGGGCAUGUGGUGUCGAGCCAAGCGAGAGAGCAAGGGCGAGAGAUUGGACGAAAAGAUCUGGGCGCCUGGAGGUGCUGAAGGACUGAGACGAGGAAGUAGUCGGGCGCAAGGAGAGGCGGAAGAUGAAGAGGAGGAGAGGGGCUAUGCCAGUGAUAGGGAGGAGAAGAAGAAGAGAGCGUAA